CUAGAGAAGGAGGGGGCUUGAGGCUGAGAGAGUGGUCAAAAUGGCGACUGCGCAGCUAACAUUAACGGAUGAGGAGCUCUUUACGGAGUUAAAACGGUCCGGGAUGAUGCCGGGCCCGGUCACCGAAAACACUCGACCGGUUUAUCUAAAGAAGCUGAAGAAGUUGCGGGAGGACCAGCGACAUCGGCUGGGAAAGGGACGUGUGGUGACUAACAACAAUAACAAUAUCGCACUAGUUUCUGGUCUCUUAGAGAGUAGUGGAGCCUACCGGGACGGUCUGGAUAUAACACAUAAGAGGGGCGGAGGACUAGAUAAUCAGAGUCCUCUAAGGGAUUCUGGGAAGAUGCUGCUCGGUUUCAGCUCAGAUGAGUCAGAUGCAGAUGCUGGCCCAGGGAAGCAGAGAGGCCGGGUGGUCAGAGGUAGCACCCCGCAAUCAGAGAGAUGCCCAGCCCAGCGGGGAAGUGUGACCGAGGCAGACGGGCGGAAGGCGCCUGACUGGUGGGAGACACACAGGCCGCACUGCCCCCCUGGGCGGGACAAUGAUGAGGAAGGGGGAGAGGCGACCAAAAGCCUGACUCUUAAUGGCAACAGGCUUCCCUAUUACAGGGACUAUUCCGAUUCCGAUGAGGAGGACCUGGGCAAAGACGUAGCGCUGGGCCGAAAGAGCAGACGGAGUAUUACUAAACCGACCCGAAGCAACGGUAUGGAUGAGUACCAGUCACUUGUCAGGCCUCAGACGGAGGAGGCCGGCGUCUCGCCCAGGCACCGAGGAGUUACCAGGAAAUCGUUCAGUACAGACCGGAAUGAAGAACACCGUAAAACUAACAACCACCUAGGGAGUAGCUACAACCAGGAUGUUUCCACAGGCUACCUGACCUCAAACAGCAUCUCUCCACGGAUCUCACAUCCCAACCACUCCACAUCAAACCACAGUCACCUACCCCUCCUCUACACAGGCACCAUGAAGAAGCAAAAUCAAUUACCAGAAGAAGAGCUGCUCCAGCAGUUUAAAAGGGAGGAGGUAUCUCCCCCAGGAGGCUUUAGUGCCCAUUAUCUAUCCAUGUUCCUCCUGACUGCUGCCUGUCUCUUCUUCUUACUGCUGGGACUUACCUACCUGAGGAUGAGAGGCACAGUGCUGUCAGGUGAAGAGAACUUAAGAAAUCAAGACGAUCAGGACAGUUUUGCUAUAAAUGGGAGAAAUCUUUUAAUGAACACGUUGCAUAAACUGCAUGAUAAACUGGCAAAGACUGCAGGUGAUCAUAUUUGUGGUCACUCUGAUCACCCUAAACUUUCCAUCCAGGAGACAACUGAAUAUUUAAUGGAACUAGGUGAUGAAUAUGCGAGUGAAUUAAAUAAAUCUUUGGAGUGGAUCUUACAUUCUGGGAAAGAUGUUGGAAUCAAGUGCUCUGGGGAUACUGAUAGUAUAGUAACUAUCGCAGAUGUAACGUUUUUGGAAUCCACGCAACCUCAGAUGUCCUUUUCGUGUCGCAUCAGGCGUGCAUUUAUUACUGUAGUGCACAGGUUGUCACUGUUGCUUCUAGUGGUUGGCUUAAUACUAGGCCUUCUAAGAUACUUGAAAUAUCGCUGGACAAAAGAAGAGGAGGAGACUAGACAGAUGUACGAUAUGGUGGUGAAGAUUAUAGAUGUUUUAAAAAGUAACAACGAGGCUUGUCGGGAAAAUAAAGAUUUACAGCCAUAUAUGCCAAUUUCACAUGUUCGAGAUUCUUUUAUACAACCCUGUGACAGGUAUCAAGGAAGAUGGUUAAACUUGAAGUGCUGA